AUGGAAACAGAUCUAAUUGAGAAGCUUCAGAAAUUCGAUUUAUCGACCAAAGAAGAUAAUGGAGUUACCCUUUCUGAUGAUGACAUAUCCCCGGGUAUCCAAGAAUGCUCACGCAGUCUAAUUGGCAAAAUCCACGGAACCAAAAGAGCAAACUUCAAUGGGCUCAGAGAAACUCUUUGCAAUAUCUGGAGGACCCAACAACCGUUCUCAAUUCGUCUAGUCGGGUACAAUCUAUUCCAAUUUGUCUUCCAAUCUGAGGCUGAUAAACAUAAGGUUGAUCUCUGGGUUCAAAUCCACGGUCUUCCCCUUCAUUGGAUCACGGAGGACACUGGGCUUAAAAUAGGUAAGCUAUUCGCAAAUGUCAAAGACGUGUUCGUCCCUGAUUUUGGCAGCAUUACUGGCCGGUGGAUUAAAAUCCUAGUGCAGAUAGACCUCAAUGAACAUCUGCUCCGCGGCACUAAGAUAAAGUUGGGCAGAGAACUAAUUUGGGUUGAUUUCCGAUACGAAAAUCUGCAGUCCUUCUGUUACUACUGCGGGUUGAUUGGUCAUAGUGAACGUGAAUGUACUCGGAAAAAAGAGGACAUCAAAGAGAAUAAACGCAACCCAGGACAAUUUGGCGACUGGCUCAAGGCUUCUACGGCCCUUUCCACACUCAACCGGACUAGAUACUUGCCUGACAGGGUCUCACAAAAAUCUAGUAGCUCAGACAAGCCUAGUGAAGCUGCAGAAUCUAACAAAACACCCACACCCCCUUUGCAUAACCCAGCUGUGAGACAAUCUAUACCCCAUCAAUCCCAAACCCCAAAUACAGAACCUAACCAAAACAACAACUGCCCUGCUGCUGCCAUUCAGCCUAUGAUUGUUGACCCUCACCCCACUAUAACCCAUUCUCCUCCAAAUGACAGCCUGGAGGGUAUCAGCUGCUCCAUUACUGAUGAUAUGAACUCAAAGCUUGUAAGACCUGUGACAGUGGAGGAGCUCAAACAAGCCUUGUGGGAAAUGCAUCCACUAAAAGCUCCUGGAAUCGACGGAGCCCUGCAGCAUAUUGGAGAUGGCAACACCACUUCUAUCUGGUCUGAUCCCUGGCUCCUUGGUAUCCAAAACAGGUCUCCAUCUCCAAGCUUUAUUUCUGACAGAAACAAAUUGCAUAAAGUGAGGGACCUACUGUGUGCCGAUGGAUCCACCUGGGACAAGGAAUUGAUUGAACAAUCUUUCAGCCUAGAAGAAGCCAAUCUCAUCUUAAAGACACCUCUGUCCAGAACGGGACAAAAAGACUUGCUUCAUUGGCAGCCACACAAGCACGGCCUCUUCACUGUCAAAUCAGCAUAUUCCCUAAGUAUUGAAACUACUCAGACUCCAUCUUCAGCUCCAGAAUCUAGUAAGUCUAAUCUUCUCGAAUCUAAAGUCUGGAAAAAUACUUGGUCCCUGAAAAUAAAGAACAAAAUCAAGACUUUCUUAUGGAGAUGUUGGUUUAAUUACAUUGGCACUCAAGACCAGCUCAUCCUCAAAGGAAUCCCCCUUGAUCCUAUUUGCAAAAUCUGCAGGGCAACUGAGGAAUCUCUUGAGCAUAUUUUCUUCUCCUGUUCUCGGGCUGUUAAUACUUGGAAGCUUGCAGGUGUGGAUUGGACUAGCUUUCAACACUCGUCUCUGACCUUCAGAAGUUGGUGGACUGAAGUUUGCACCAUGAAAAAAGCCACCACCUCCAAUGACAGAACACACUUCUCCACGUAUAUCCUUUGGAGAUUGUGGAAAUGUAGGAACCUUUGGGUAUUUAAUAAUAUUUGGAAAUCGGAAAUGGAGAUAGCCACCCAAGCCAGGAGAGAAUGGGUGGAGUUUGAGGAGCUAGGCCUCCAAUCUGUCUGA